AGUUAACUUCUUGAAAACUGGUGAACAAGAAGAUCUGGAACAACAACAACAACAAGAGAGAAAAAGCUUUUGGGUUUCAAAAGCAAACUGAAAAGAGCUGACUUUCUUUUAUGUCUUAACUAUAAAAGAGACGAUUGUUUCCUAAUCGCAAUUGUUUUAGCAUAUGGCAAUGGCGCCUGUAGUGAAGCUGGUCCUAGGCUCGAUAGCCUUCGCAACCUUCUGGAUACUAGCAGUCUUCCCGUCCGUACCAUUCCUCCCAAUCGGUCGAACCGCCGGCUCCCUCUUCGGCGCCAUGCUCAUGGUCAUCUUCCAAGUCAUCACCCCUGACCAAGCCUACGCCGCCAUCGACCUCCCCAUCCUCGGCCUCCUCUUCGGAACCAUGGUCGUUAGCAUCUACCUCGAGAGAGCCGACAUGUUCAAGUACUUGGGCACGCUGCUCUCUUGGAGAAGCAGAGGAGCCAAGGACUUGCUCUGCCGCGUGUGCCUCGUCUCCGCUGUUUCCAGCGCUCUUUUCACUAACGACACUUGUUGUGUGGUCUUGACUGAGUUCGUGUUGAAGAUCGCUAGGCAGAAGAAUCUUCCUCCUCACCCGUUUCUCCUCGCUUUGGCCACGAGUGCUAAUAUUGGUUCUUCAGCUACUCCUAUUGGGAACCCUCAGAAUCUUGUUAUCGCGGUUCAGAGUAAGAUCUCGUUCUGGGAGUUUCUUCGUGGAGUGUUUCCCGCGAUGAUUGUUGGAAUUACUGUUAAUGCUGUGAUGCUUCUGGCUAUGUACUGGCGCUUGUUGUCUGAUCAUAAAGACCAAGAAGAAGAGGAAAAUGAAGUUUCUGAAGGUGUUGUUGCUGUUGAAGAAGAAGAUGUUACCUCCCAUCGGUUCUCUCCAGCUACGUUGCCGCAUCUCAGCUCUUUCAGAUCGGAAGAAACCAACGUGAGAACGGAUCCUGAGACGCUUAGAAACAGAGGUGCUUCCUCUGGUGAGAGCAGUGCGUCUAGAGACCACCAAGCUGAUGCUGAGUCACAAGGAGAGAGCUAUCCUACCGUCAACAGCAAUGUGUUGUUGUUUCAAACAAAGAGGUGGAGACGGGUUUUGUGGAAGUCAAGUGUUUAUUUAAUCACGCUUGGGAUGUUAAUUUCUCUGCUUAUGGGUUUGAACAUGUCUUGGACUGCGAUCACCGCAGCGUUAGCUCUUGUUGUUCUUGAUUUUAAAGACGCGAGGCCUUCUCUUGAGAAGGUGUCGUAUUCGCUUUUGAUCUUCUUCUGUGGGAUGUUUAUAACCGUGGAUGGAUUCAACAAAACUGGUAUCCCUACGGCUCUGUGGGAUCAUAUGGAGCCGUAUGCGAAUAUUGGUGAAGCUAAAGGAACCGCGGUGCUAGCAGUGGUGAUUCUUGUCCUCUCCAAUGUAGCAUCCAAUGUACCAACAGUGCUAUUGUUGGGAGCAAGAGUAGCUGCAUCAGCGGCGGCAGGGGAGGAGGAGAAGAAGGCGUGGUUGUUGCUGGCGUGGGUGAGCACAGUGGCUGGAAACUUGACGUUGCUUGGUUCAGCAGCUAACUUGAUAGUGUGUGAGCAAGCUCGUAGAGCAGUGAGCCAUGGAUACACUCUCACUUUCACUAAACACCUGAAGUUUGGUUUACCUUCGACACUCAUCGUUACUGCCAUUGGUCUCUACCUUAUCAAGUAA